AUGGCUUGUGCCUUUCUAAAAAAUAUACCAAAUCCAGAGAUCAAUAUUAUUGGAAAUGUAGCGGUCAUAUUUGUAUCAAAAUGUUCUACAGGUUUAGAACUUGAUAUUUAUUACCCGGAAUAUGGUUUUGCAAUUGAAGUACAAGGAGAGCAACACAAAAAAUAUAUCGAAUUCUUCCAUAGGGAUCUCAAUAAUUUUGUCCAACAGCAAAAGCAGGAUCAACUCAAGAAAGAAUUAUGUGAAGAAAACUGGAUUGUUUUAAGAUAUGUUUGGUACUAUGAAGAUCCAUAUACAGUUAUUCCAGAUCAUCUUCGAGAAUUGGGUCUUAUUGAGUAA